GGAGGAGCUCCGCCUUUCUACUUUUAGUGAAGUUUUUGUUGAUCUGGAUGUCAUUAUACCGUAUCGAAUCUGUUUUCUUUUGUUCUGAGUUAUGGCAUCUCUUACUGGAGAUUCGCGGCCAGUAACUUCUGCAUUCUGAGACUAGGCGUGACUGCAGCACAGGACCCUGUGGAAUCAAGACGAGAUUCCACAAGUUAAUCAUAAAGCUGGUGUGAACGAUGACAGAAGCAGAAUCACGAGUUCUCGGACACAAAGUAACACCUUCUCGGACACCGUGUGCCAUACUGGAUAAUGAAGUCUUUGAUAUCAUGCACAAUAGCAUUAGCACUUUUACUGACAGUGACAGCCCAAGGAAAAUCAUCUGUGAAAUGGCGUCGAGUUAGUAGGCCAUCAUCGACAACAUCUCCUGAUGUACGAGAGGAACCUUUUUCAACAACAAGGUCUUCAAUAACAUGGAGAAGAUCAACUAUUUCUCGCCGAUCAACAACACAAACCGAACCUACUCAACUUGAUGAAGAAAUCGCUGUCGCUGAAUCUAAGGAAGACAGUGUUUUCAUUGAUGACGGUCAAGAAGAAGAGCCUUCUUUCAAACCUUUGGUGCCUGGAUCACGACCAGGUUUUUGGCUUGAUUCUUCCAGAAGAAAGAAACCAGGAAAACUACUAAGACCAGGCACAAGAAAGACUUCCCUUUUUCCGAUGAAGCUUUCAACUUUAAUUUCUCAAAAUUUAUCAGAGAGUGUUACUACAAGUCCAGCAAUUCAACUGAAAACAUCCACCAUAAGGACAACCACAGAUUUGACUUCUUCCACAGAAAAAUCCAAGCUUUUUAGCCUCAACAGAUCCACAAAACCUCCCAUUUCUUUCCGAAGGAAAAUUAAGACCACAAAAGCUCCUAGUACUACCACAGAGGCUUCGGAUAUUGAAGAUCUUUUAAAAGAGACGAAAUCCACUAUGGAUCCGCCACUGAACAAGACUAUUGAAAAAGAUACUGAAAAUGACAUGGUGGAAAUUAACGAAGAUAUUAAAGGAGGAUUAAAAUUGGAAACCGAAAAAAUUCGUAAAAACAAUAGAAUCCCACUCCCAGGCAUGAGACGGAGAAUAAGAAAUGAAACUGUAACAGAUUUAUCAAACACUGGUGACUUUCAGAGAGAAAUAAAAUCUACUUCAGCUCUCCCUUCAACUAAGUCUACCAGCCUAAAUACAGAAAACAAAGACGUAGAAAUAGCUGAAACUACUAAGGAGAAAAAACAAUUAGUGACAGAAAUACCCCGAAAAAGUACUAGGUCACCUCUUCCUGGUAUCAGACGACGGACACGAAAUGGAACUAGAUUAACUUGGAACAAUGAAAGUAAUCGUAUAACAACAAAACCCACGGAUGUACCUAAACAAACCUCAACUACAGUAAAAUAUUCUGCAGGGAACAACGAUAGAUACUUACGUAAAACAUCAGUUGCUCCAAAAAUAAGAUCUCGUACAAGAGCGAAUAAAACAACAACUCCAACAAGAGUGUCUUGGACCAAAAAUAAGUACACAACUCUCUCCCCUACAAUAUCGACUGAAAAAACCGAGAAAAACUUUGCCUCAAAACUAAGAGGACCAACAAAUUAUUUGAGGAACAGAAAUACACACAGGUUUAAUCGCCUAAAAGUUAAUUCAUCUAUUAAAGAAAAUAGUGAUAAUGAUAUUCAAGAUUUUAAUUCACAAGUAGAAGAAGAGUCCAUAAAACCACCUUCAGCAGCAAAAAUAAUUGAUAAGAAAAUCCCCACCACAGAGGAACCCUUCUUUGUGACAAGAGAAUAUGGCCAGGUUAUUACAGCCAUUGAGUUAGACAUUCCGAAAAAGAUCUCUCGAACAACUAAUCAACAACCAAUCUCUAGAACAACUAGCACUCCAAGACAAACAACAACGGAAUUAACAACUGUUACUGAAUUGGUAGAUUUCACUGAAGGAUUUAAUUACACUAAUGAAGGUGGAUUUGAAAAUGAAUUUGUGGAAUUUGAUGACGUAUCUGAAACAGAUGAGUUCCAAUCACUCAAAACAGAUGAACCAUUAUUUCAAUAUGAAGAAAUGGAAAGCAAUCGAGUAACCACCCCACCACCCGAAUUAGAGACUACUCCUAAACCUUCCCCGUCAACCCUCAAGACAACUGCUAAACCUUCAACCACACUGAAAAUGUCGACUACCCCCAGACCUCUUUUUUCGAUUACUCCUCCUCUAACACCACCAACUAUUGAACCAGGAUCAAAUGCUUACGUAGUUUGGAGUCUAGGACAAGAUGGAAGUGGAUGGUCUUACCAGAAACAAGGAGGUCAAGUAACGUGGACAGCGCAAAACAGCGAAAUGGCAGGAGACCGAUGGUCAGUUCAAGGCAAAGAAGAACCAUUGAAUAUCCCAAAUAGCGUUUGGACACCAACUCGGAAUACCUCUUACAUCAAAGAUGCUCAGCAUCAAAAAGUAACUCCAAAAAAUACUGAAAUUGUUCCUUCUGAAAAAUUGACCGAAGGAGUUUCUUUCACCCCCAGCGUUCCUUAUCUAAACGAAACUCCUCUGAAAAUAAAAUCCACUACUGAAGAUUUUAAACUACCUCCACUAACAACUUCAGAAAUAUUUCCACAUUUUCAAACGGAUCCCUUUAGUAUUCCUCUGCACUUUACGCCCUCCGCAGUUAAUAUCUCUCAAGUCGCUGAUGAUAAAACCAAUACUCAAUAUGAGCCUCAAGAUGAAAGCACCACCGGAACCAGUGAAGAACUCGCUCUCACGGGCGACACUGAAACAGAGUUGAAUCCCUUGGGAUCCAUUUCUCAAAAUUCUUCAGCUGAUUCUCCUUAUUUAAUUGAAUUCAGAGACACUUUUGAAGCAGAUGUACCAAACCUUUUUACCGAAACAUCAACCGAUUUUCCAGAGUCAUUUACAACCAAGACUAACUUAAUACAAAAUUUGGAUGGUGAAAGCUUUUAUUUCCGCCCUCCUUCACCAGAGUAUGAAGACAUCCAGGUAGAUGAUCCUUCGACUUUUAUUGACGAACCUUCAGAAUACAAGCCACCAUCAACGCAAUCUGACGCAAGACAGGUUGAAACUGAUUUAUCUGGUUUACCUCCAGCUCUAGCUAAAGCAGUGAUUGAAUCAAAACGAUGGACCAUAAUUGGAACAGGAGACCAUGAUGGGUGGUCCUUGUAUGGAGAAGAUGGCAAACUGGAAUGGAAAAUUCACAAUACUGGUGGUAAAUGGAGUGUUACCAGUCCGGAUGAUAUUCCAACUUAUGACGAUGCUGUACCAGAUACUUACCAAAAUCUAAAUAACCAGGAGACUCAAAUAAAUAAUCAAAACAAUGUGGAAACUGAUGGAAAGGGUGAAUUGAAAGUGUGGACACUGGAUGAUGAUUAUGAAAAAUGGCGACUAGUUUCUGCUGAAAAUGCACCCAAAGAAAACCAUCCUCAAGAAAAUCAAAAGUUAAAUAACGAUUACGAUUAUCCUCAAAAAGAAGAAACCGAGACCGAUAAUGAUUAUUAUGAUGAAAAUGAAGAUUACAAUUUCGAACAAGAUGGCGAGGAGCAAUUUGACGAGGAAGAAAGAGAAAAUGUGUAUCAAAAUGAUUUCGAUGGACGUCCGUUAUGGGGAGAAAAUCAAAUGAUUCAAAACCCACAAGACCAUCAGUAUCCAAACGAUUUCAUAGAGGAAGCUAACACUAAGCAAGAUGCUAUCGAUGCCUGGAAAUCUUUGCUUAUUGAUCAAGGAAGAUGGAAGUUUGCUGACAGUGAGGAAAUAUUAGAUCAAGACUACCAAAGCAAAUCGUUGGCUCACAUAAGAUCAUUUUCUCCUAAUGUUCUUCAAGAAGAAUCGGAUUGGAAGGUUUCAUCUGGCCCAAUCACUGUGAGAAAUAAACAAACAGAAAAACCUGAUACUUAUUCCCAACAAGAUUUUCAGACAGCUAAAAAUUCACCAAAUCAAAACAAUUUAAGAAAUAGAAACGAGGAAAAAAACGCAGAAGAAAGUCUAAGAUCACUUGACAAGUAUACAGAAGUAUUAGAACAUAAAUUAAGAGAAGCUAAUCAUGAAAGAGCUAGUCCUUACGCAGACUACUCCGAAUCUCGUGAAAUAAGCGAAGAUAGGAACUAUCAAAAUGGUUACGAAACCUCAUUAAAAUCAAAGCCUGGCGAUCAUGGUAAAGUAGACAAGCUGAUCAAUAAGCUCGAAAAUCUUCAUAGAGAAGCAAACGGAAAAGCAGUCGUUGAUCUUUCGCAGCUUAUAAAGCUUAUCAAAGCUAAUCGGAAUGUAACUUCGAAAACAAAGGAAGGAAGUAUGGUAAAUGAUAACCAGGAAAAUUCACAAACAGAAUUUUCUAACAGCCAAAAGCAAAAUGAUGAAAGAGUGACAGAAUAUUCCGAUUCGCCAAGACAACACAGAUUAAAAAAGCCAUACAGUUUCAAUCAUCCCCCAUCCGAACUAUCUUUCGAUGAGCAAAUGAUUCAAAGCAAUAAACAACUGUCAAAUAAUCUGCAAAAGGAAAAUCAUGAUCGAAAUCCUCAAGAAAUAGAAAAUACAGGAAAUUUAAACGAUUACGCAGAGUAUGCUCAUCAAUUUAAACUAAAAAGACCAGAAACAUACAAUUAUUUAUCAUCGGGACUUUCAGAAGCUGACAAAAGACAUGCUAAAAAUCAAUUACUUCAAAAAAUUCGCCAACAAGAAGAACUUUCUUACAAUCAACAAAUUGAAGAGGCGGCAAAAUUGAAAGAACCUGAAGAUCAUUCUCGCCAGUUACAGAAAAAGAGGCCGGAAUCAAUAAGUUAUUCACCACCAAAACUUUCUACAGAUGAAAGAUCUUUUGUUGAUACGAGAUCAUACAGCCAUAAUACCCAUUCUUCAAAAUUACAAUAUGAUGAUAAAAUUGAAAAUCAAGAUCAGAGAUCGUUUGUUGAUACAAGAUCAAAUAGCCAUAAAACCCAUUCUUCAAGACUACAAUAUGAAGAUAAAAUUGAAAAUCAAAAUGAAAGAUCAAUUGUUGAUACAAGAUUAAAUACUCAUAAAACACAUUCUUCAAGACCACAAUAUAAUGAUAAAAUUGAAAAUCAAGAUGAAAGAUCGUUUGUUGAUGCAAGAUUAAACACCCAUAAAACUCACUCAUCUAGACCACAAUCUGUUGAUAAAAUUGAAAAUCAAGAUGAAAGAUCGUUCAUUGAUACAAGAUUAAAUACUCAUAAGACACACUCUCCUAGACCACAAUAUAAUGAUAAAAUUGAAAAUCAAGAUGAAAGAUCGUUUGUUGAUACAAGAUUAAACACCCAUAAAACACAUUUAUCUAGACCACAAUAUGACGAUAAAAUUGAAAAUCAAGAUGAAAGAUCAUUUGUUGAUACAAGAUUAAACAGCCAUAAAACGCAUUCUUCAAGACCACAAUAUAAUGAUAAAACUGAAAACCAAAAUGAAAGAUCGUUUGUUGAUACAAGAUUAAACACCCAUAAAACUCACUCAUCUAGACCACAAUCUGUUGAUAAAAUUGAAAAUCAAGAUGAAAGAUCAUUUGUUGAUGUAAGAUCAAAUACUCAUAAAACACCUUCUUCUGGACAAUAUAAUGAUAAAAUUAAAAAUCAAGAUGAAAGAUCGCAUGCUGAUACAAAAUUAAACAGCCAUAAAUCGCAUUCUUCAAGACCACAAUAUGAUGAUAAAAUUGAAAAUCAAGAUGAAAGGUCGUUUGUUGAUACAAGAUUAAACAGUCGUAAAACACAUUCUUCUAGACCACAAUAUGAUGAUAAAAUUGAAAAUCAGCAACAUAACUCUAAGCAAAGGCGAAAACAAAAUAAAAUUAAGCCUAAUUCUUUUAACAAAGAUGAAAAUACAAGAAACGAUCCAACUAAACAUUUGACAAGUAUUCAUCAAGUUGAACAAGAGCAACCAAAUACUAAUUUAUCACCUCCAAGAAUCUCCGGUACUCAAAAGGAACAAAAAGCAUCUGUGAGAGAGGUAAUGCGACAGUUAGAACGAAGAAACAGAAGACCAUCAAACUACAGAUUCACACCAACAGAUGAACCACGAUACAAGUCUUUCAGUACGACGCCUGCAACAGACGAAGAUGAGUCCAACAACUCAGAGGAACAGAUCGACAUUCGUGCACAACCUAUUAAAACCUCUCACGAUUACGAAAAUGGGCAUAGACACAAUCCCCUGAGAUCAAGAAGGCCUGAAAAAAGGCGCCAUCGAAAGCAACAUAAUCAUAAUUCUGCACCAAUAGUUCUUAGCGGCGAAACAGAAAUAGAAGACGAAGACGGAUUGAAGAAAAAUAGAAAAAUAAUAGUAAUCGAUUAUGCAGGAAAACAGAAAAAGAAGAGUUCUAUUGACAGAAAAGACCUCGAGUUGAUAAUUAGAAAUGUUCGAAACAGGAGAUCCGGACAAACGGGUGAAUCUUCUGAAGAAAAUCUGCUGGAAAGUUAACUAUGAACUUAUGAUGUGAUAUCUGUUAAAUUUACCCUGCUGCAAUACUAUGAAAAGAGUUAAAAAUCGAUUUUGCUAUUACAUAAAAUUUAUACAAAAUAAAAAUAUUUUCUUUAGAAGUAGCACAAAUUUAAUGACUCGAUUUGAGAUAUAAUAUUCUUAUUUCCAUAAAUAGUAAAAGAAUAAAAAUGUAUGAAGUUAAAAUAUAUUUAUGUAACAAAUUAUAAAAAAUAUAUUUAAUAAAUGAUAAUCUAAAGCAAACUCUUUUCAUGGUAUGACUACAAUUAACGUAUUGGUGACGAUAGUUCCUCAUGUAUUUAUUCAUUGACAUUGUGAAUAAUUCAUAUCAUUUUACGAGAAUCAAUCCAGGGGUAGAUAAUCUAAUUCAACUUUAGAUUUUAAGACAAGCUGUUUAAAAUAUCAUAAGUGUUUGACAUGUUUAUA